GAGCAAUCUUGGAUCUUCCUUCAUUUUAUGUAACCACGACUGAGAUAUGACCUACAGAACUUAGCUUGGGAACGAUUAAACUUCAUCAUGGAGUACGGAUUUGUCUCACAGGUAGGAAGUGCUAUCUACAUGGAUCCUUCUGUCAUCAGAAGUGCAACCAAUCCAGGUGUUGAUAACCUUUCAAUGGAUACCAACUUUGAGAUAGCUGAUUUGCCGGUCAAAUUGGAACUACGGUACGCCAUCGAGUCCAAACGAGCUGCUAAUGGACUGGAAUGUCCGAAAACUGAAUACAAACAAGCAAGCAGGAGAGAAGAACUGUCACAAGAUGAAAUGGCCAGAAGACGACUUCGACGCAUGAGAAACAAAGUAGCUGCUUCAAAAUGUCGAAUGAAACGAAAAGAGCACGUGAAACAGUUAAUAGAGGCCUCAGAAGAACUCGAGUCAGCGAACAAUCAACUCGAAUCUGAAAUAACUUGUCUUCACGCCGAGAUCGAACAACUCUCAAAAAUGCUUGAUGGGCACAAGUGUAACCUGGAGAAUGGCAAACAUGGGACAGACCGCUGACCAGGAUGACCGUACRACUCAAGGCCAGUUAAACUUGUCUUUUUUUAUUGUUUAUUUAUUCAUUUUUUUACUUCUUUGGUAUCUUGCUUUGCCGCCGAGGAAGAGUAAUAAAGAGAAUUGAAGAUUCAUUUUUUUUGGAGUUUUAAAAGAGGAUCGAUUGGAAACGUGCGCCUAUGAAGAAAUUUGACAGACUAUAGAAAUCAAAAAUAUACCACUACUAUAUUUGGAGCUUUGCAAUCUACCAUUACCAUAUAUGGAGAUUUGGAAAUUAUUCAUGGGGCUUUUAAGUCUACCGCAACCAAUUUGGACACAUGGAAAUCUAUCAGUACCACAUGCUUUUUUUACCACGUUUGGAUCGAGAAAUGGAAAUCUAUGACUACCAUAUUUGGGGCUUUGAAAUCUACUUUCAGCUUAUUUGGAGAUUAUGCAAAUCUAUACCACGAUCCUUUGGAGCCAUACUCAGAUUUGGGUAGAAAUUUAUUCCAUUACCAUAUUUGGUAUGUAGAAAGCAAUUGUAUCAACUUUUGCAUAAAGUAACUUUAUUUCUUCUGGGGUGACUAAAAAAAGGUUAUUUUCAAUUACGAUUUUUUUUWAAAAAUUAAUUUCUUACUAAUGUAUUAUACUUGCCUGAAUUAUACUUCUAAUAAUAUUUUAUCUAAAUUACAUAAUCAUUACUUCACGACGGAAUUCUGAAUUAUAGACUUCGAUGACCGCAAACAAUCGGUUAUUCCUGUUAUGACGUCGUAAUAACAUCACGAAAAGAAUUUUGAGAGAAGUAGUCUGUUGACGUCAUAAUAUUCAAAACUCGUGCUGCGGACGUGUCGCGUCGUGACGUGCAAGUCCUAACAUUUUGAUUGGAUGAGCAAGACAUGAUCUUGCGCACUGUGAUUGUGCACUGGUGGUUGCAAAGGAUAUUUCGAUGUCAUCCUUUUGCCGUGAAGUUUUAAGACAUCACAAUCUAUUUUUCUUUCUUUCUUUCUUUCUUUCUUUCUUUCUUUUUUUCCCCAUCAAAUCGAUUACACAUACGUGAAAGGAACGAGUUUGUAUCUCGGUUUGGAGAUUGAAACUUUGAUGUCAAUGAUACUACGAAAAGAAUUCUGUUUGUAGUGUUAAUGUGACGUCAUUCAAAUGAAAAGUGCACGUUAAAGCAACAAGUGUGUGUCAUGGAACCACUGGUCGUUGGUGUUCAUCGUAGGAUAAUAUUAUCUAGUAUAAUUUAUACUUUUUUAACGCAAUUAUUGCGGCACAGGCAACAAGUAGCGCAGCUAAACAAUAAUUAUGUUGACGACGGACAUGACGAGGGUGAACCUGAUGGGAUACAAUAUUUUCUUUGCUGCACAAAGAUUAAUUUUUCUGCUCUUUACAACGAAGAAAAUUUGUUUUUCAAGUGAUGGUAAUACAGGUAACAUUCGCUCCGCGAAUCUUGUGCGUUUUGUUGCCCGUGUUACCGCACCUUUAGAAAAUCAUGUUCAUCCUCGGAUUGACUUUAUUCGUCCUUUAAUUCGUUUUAUUACACAUAAAGCGAGAAAAAUUGUUCCUUGAAGAUAGGUUAACAUAUGCUAAGGAAGAUGAUUUACGUGUGAGGGCUGAAUGCUCUCAGUCUUCGUCUCCAACGCUAUAUACGUCAUCCCUUCACUAGAUUUGUAACGUGUCGACGCAUUCAAGUUUAAAUUUGGGCUUACUUCACCACGAACGAUGCUAAUGAUAACCUACCUUUCAAGUAAUAUUCUAUAGACUAAGUUACAAGAGGAGAUUGUUCUUCCAACUCACAAAGCUAAAAUCAUGGAUAAAAAUCUAGCUACGAAUCACCUUCUUACAGCUGGUUACUAUACGUGGCUAAUCAUAACAUUGCACUGUAAGCUGCUUUUUCUAAAKAUUUACAAUGAAAAGCGCAAAUGCAAUUUUACGUGCGCAAUUAAUUCCUAUCACACUGGAAAUUGAAUUCCAUGGCUUUGUAAAUUGUAAGAARAAUGUCCUCGGCUUUUGACAAGUUGACGAUUUUCUUGUCCUUUUUUAAAUCUAAUAGGUUUCUUAUGUUGAAUAUCUUAGUUUUCGUGUAAA